AUAGGGUAAUCCGAUGGCCGUAACAACAAUAAGCUUAAUUGGACUUUAUCAGCCACUUGGUCGCAAUAAAUGCGAUUCUUAGCUCAAAGAUAGAUGGCAGCAUACCAAGGGUACCAGGAGCUGCUCGUGCAGAAGCAGGAGAAGCUUCUGCUUGUGAAAUUCAACAAUCCCAAAAAGAAGAACUGCCUAAAUCGUGUGGCAUACCAGGAACUGGCCCGCGUGCUGGGUGAAGUGAACGAUGAUGGGGACGUGACCAUAGUUGUGUUUACCGGCGUGGGCGACUUCUUCACGGCCGGAAAUAACUUAUCUCCAAGUGGCCAAACGGACGACAUCCAAGCUUAUCUCGUAGAGUCCAAUAAGAUUUUCAAAGAUAUGGUGCUGGGUUUUAUAAACUGCAACAAGAUUGUGAUUAGCCUGGUCAAUGGUCCUGCGAUUGGCAUCGGUGCCACCAUUGUGGGCCUCAGCGAUGUCGCGUGGUGUGCAGAGGAGGCAUAUUUUUACGCUCCAUUCACGAAGCUGGGCCUCGUACCAGAAGGAGGCUCUUCCUAUAUGCUGCCCAGGAUUCUUGGUCGUUCUAAGGCCUCGGAAAUGCUACUCCUCAACGAGAAGCUAUCGUCUGCCGAGGCGUACAGUUUUAACUUUGUGUCGCGAGUCUACAAGACCGAGGAGCUGGACUCCGUGGUCUGGCCAAAGCUGCGGGAGUUUUCCACCUUGCCACCGAUUUCUUUGAAGGAGGGAAAAAGUUUGAUCAGAGAGGGCUUCCUGGCGAGCCUGCUGAAGGCAAACGAUGCUGAGUGCACGGAGCUCAUUAAUCGUUUCCAGGGAGACGAGUUCAUUCAGGCCAUAAUGGACUUUGCCACCCGCAAAUCAAAGUUGUAAAUUUUGCUUACAUAUUUUUCCUUGUAAAAAACAGCUGUUUUGAUUUCCUACCGAUGGGUUGAAUAAGAAUGCACUUUAAUCGAUAGAUCGA